CCGAAUCACAGUCUCCAUACUGCUCCUCUGUCUACCGGGUCGGUGCAAAAAACGGACCGAGAGUCAGUGUUUCUGUGGCCGGCUGAGAGGCGUGUUUGUCAGGAUUGAGAGCCGGCGCAUCCCCGCCUCUGUCACCCUGCGUGCGGUAACGGGCACUGCCGUUAUACGCCCCCUGGCGAGAUGUCUUCCUCGGACGAGGAGAGCCGGAGUGAACGUUCGUGUGUGAGCGAGCGUUCGAUCCGCAGCGAGAGGUCCGGGGGCUCUCUCUCGCCCUGCGCCCACAGCACAGCCGGGCCCAAAGGGGACACUCUGCCAUGGAACCUAUCCAAACAUGAGAGACGCAAGCGCAAGAGCCAAGACUCAGUGCUGGACCCCGCGGAGAGGGCAGUUGUGCGAGUCGCAGAUGAACGAGACAGGGUGCAGAAGAAAACUUUCACAAAAUGGGUCAAUAAACAUCUCAUAAAGGUGCGGAAGCACAUCACAGACCUGUAUGAGGAUCUAAGGGAUGGGCAUAACCUCAUUUCCCUGCUUGAGGUGCUGUCUGGCGUCACAUUGCACAAGGGCACGUCAACUCUGCGGAGAACGUCUGUGUCACGUGCACCCCCACUCAUCCUGCUGGGUGGGGAGGAUGAGGAGGAUGGAGCUCAGGGACCCAGGGAAAAGGGUCGCAUGCGAUUUCACCGACUCCAGAAUGUGCAGAUCGCCUUAGACUUCCUUAAGCAGAGACAGGUCAAAUUAGUGAAUAUACGCAAUGAUGACAUCACAGAUGGGAACCCAAAGCUGACACUGGGACUGAUCUGGACCAUCAUCCUUCACUUCCAGAUUUCUGAGAUCUAUGUGAGCGGUGAGUCAGGUGACCUUACUGCGAAAGAGAAGCUGCUACUAUGGAGUCAGCAGGCCACAGAGGGCUAUCGUGGUCUCCGUUGUGCCAAUUUCUCCUCCAGCUGGAGCGAUGGACGCUUGUUCAAUGCUCUUCUGCACAGAUACAGGCCGGACCUGAUUGACAUGGAAGUGGUUGCGCAACAGAGUAACCGUGAGAACCUGGAACAGGCCUUUGAGAUUGCAGAGUCGUUAGGGGUAACACGACUUCUAGAUGCUGAAGAUGUUGAUGUGUCGUCGCCAGACGAGAAAUCUGUUAUCACGUAUGUCUCCUCCAUCUACGAUGCUUUCCCCAAGAUCCCAGAGGGUGGAGAAGGCAUUGCAGCUAAUGAGAUUGACCAGCGAUGGACAGAGUACCAAUCUGGCUUCUCUUCUCUGCUGCAGUGGACCAGACAACAUACAGCCCUCAUGACCAACAGGAGCUUCCCCCACAAUCCUGUGGAACUCAAGGCACUUUACAAUGAAUAUGUCCACUUCAAAGAAACAGAGGUCCCUGCAAAGGAGAGAGAGAAGAGCCACAUUGAGCACCUUUACAAGCUUCUGGAGGCGUGGAUAGAGUUCGGGCGCAUUAAGCUGCCUCAAGGGCUACACCCUAAUGAUCUGGAGGAGGAAUGGGGAAAACUGAUCCUGGAGAUGUUGGAGAGAGAGAAAGCACUGAGGCCUGCUGUGGAGAGGUUGGAGUUACUCCUACAGAAGGCCAAUAAGAUCCAGAACAUGGCUCUAGAUUGUGAGGAGAAACUCACGUUGGCGAAGAACACUUUGCAGGCUGACUUGUCUCAGCUAGAGAGUGGGCAGCCGGUGCGGUGUGAGAAUGAAUUGGGGAUGUAUCUGCAGGACUGUGAGGCUUUAGUCAGACAGCUUCACCUUGACCUGCAGGUCCUCAGAGAUGAGAAGUACUACCAAGUGGAGCAGCUGGCUUUCAGGGUGUCAUGUCUGCAGGAGGAGCUGGUCUCUUUGCGCCUGCAGUGUGCCAGUGUGUACAGGAAGGGUCAUUUCUCCACAAGGGGUCUGCUGGGAGAGCACGCAGGUCAGAGGGGUUCUUCAGGCAGUCUGGCUACACUGGGAGCACAGACGUUUCUGGGAGCAGUGGGAGCUGUGGCAUCCCUGCUCAGACGGCCGAUGUCUCGUGCAGACCUGUUAGCCAUGUCUUCCUCUGAGGAUGAAGGCAGUCUGCGCUUCAUCUACGAGCUGCUGGGGUGGGUGGAAGAGACGCAGGACCUGCUGGAGCGAGCUGAAUGGGGUUCUGAUCUGCCCUCUGUAGAACAGCACCUGCAAGACCACCACAUCAUUCACAUGGCAGUGGAAGAUCUUCUGAAUAGCCUCAAAGAGGCUCGAAACUAUGAGUCAAGGGUCUCGCCUAAUUUAAGUAGCAGUUACUCUGAGACUCUAUCCAAGCUGGAGAACCAGUAUUGCAAGCUGCUGGAACAUUCGUCAUGGCGACUGCGUUGCCUAGAGAGCCUUCGAGCUUUUGUGUCCCGCUGCACUGAGGAGCUGAUCUGGCUCAAUGAGAGGGAGGAGGAGGAGCUGGCCUUCGACUGGAGCGACAGCAACACCAACAUGGCUGCCAAAAGAGAGCAAUAUUCUGACAUGAGGUCAGAGCUGGAGGAAAAACAGGAAGUGAUGUACUCUCUCCAGGAGACAGCUGACCACCUGUGUCAGGAGAACCACCCAGCCAAACAAACAGUGGAGGCCUACAGUGCUGCCCUACAGACGCAGUGGCAGUGGAUCAAAGAGCUCUGCAUAUGUGUGGAGCAGCAUCUCAAGGACAACACUGCCUACUUCCAGUUUAUGAGUGAUGCACGGGACUGUGAAAGCUAUCUACGUCAGUUACAAGACACCAUUAAGAGACAGUACACCUGUGAUAAAAACAGCAGACUAAGCAGAUUGGAAGACCUGCUGCAGGACUCCAUGGAGGAGAAAGAACAAUUGAUUGAAUACCGCAGCACAGUGGCCAGCCUUGUAGGCCGAGCCAAGUCUGUAGUCCAGCUCCGUCCACGCAGUGCAGAUAGUAACCUGGGCACCAACACGCCCAUUCGUGCCAUCUGUGACUACCGACAAAUAGAGGCCAACUCUCAGAUCACAAUCAGCAAAGGGGAGGAGUGUGUACUGGAGGAUAACUCUCAGAGGACUAAGUGGAAGGUCAUCAGUCCCACAGGAAAUGAGGCCAUGGUGCCAUCUGUGUGUUUCACCAUUCCUCCCCCUAAUCAGGAAGCCAUCGACACUGCCAGCAGAAUGGAGCAGAUGUACCAGAACAUCAUGUCUCUAUGGCACCAGCUGCAUGUCAACAUGAAGAGCGUGGUCUCCUGGCACUACCUGCAGAAAGACAUACGAAAUAUUUCCUCCUGGAGUCUGGACACAAUGCGCUUGCAGGCUCCAGCAGAGAGGCAGCAGGCUUUAGACAACCUUGACGCCCACUUGUCCGACUUCCUUACGGACAGUCACGAGAGCUCCCUUUUCACGCCAACUGAACGCUGUGAGCUAGAGCGAGAAGCUGAGAACUGCCGGGAACAUUGCCAAGCACUGCAGGUCUCUUUGGAGACAGUGGAGAAGGAUGAGUUGGCCUCUCGUGCUUACCUCUCAGAGCUGCAGAGCAUCAAGUCCCAUCUGGAGGAUGCAGAGAGCAGACUGAUGCGUGGCAUACAGACUCCACACCCCAGCACAAUAUCAGGAGACAAUGCAGUUCACAUAGCAGAGCAAGAGAAACUGCAGCAGGAUCUGAAAGGACUUCAGUCAGAUUUGGGUGAGGUGUCUCGUCGCUGCGUGAGCUUCUUUGAGGAGAAGCCUUCCUCUUCUACUGUGCCUGUCCUACGCUCUGAGCUCAACCUGGCUGUAGAGCACAUAGAGAAACUCAACUCCCUCUCCUCUGUUUAUCUGCAAAAAUUGAAGACGGUUGAUGUGUUGAUGAGAAGCCUGCAGGCUGCAGAAAGUCAGGUGAGAAAGUAUGAGAGUCGACUGAGUGAAGAGGAUAUUGUGCCCGCUGAUACUGCUGCAAUCCAGGCCUUGGGAGAGCAGUUAAAGAAAUGGCAUUCAGAGCUGGAGGAGCAGGAUCACAUAUUCAAAAGUCUGAGUUUAGAGGUCCAGCAGACUAGAAAGGUCAGAAACCAGCUCAACCAACUGCACCCUGACCGCAGCCCUGAACUGGACCGCUAUCAGGAGAAAGCGCAACAGCUCACAGAGAGGUGGAGUGGAGUGAGCAGGCAAAUGGAGACACGGCAAGCGGAUCUGGAGGUGCUGGGUUCAGUGCUGCAGCAGUACAGAGAAGGCCACACCUCUCUUAUCCACUGGAUAGAGGAGACCACCAAAAAACAGGAGAACACGCAACCCGAGCAGACGGACAGCAAAGCUUUGUCAGAACAGCUCGCACAGCAAACAGCCUUGGUGGCUGAGAUAGAACAGAACCAGGUCAACCUGGAUGAAUGUCAGACGUACUCUAAACAGUACUGCGCUGCUGUUAAGGACUAUGAACUCCAACUUAUGACGUUCAGAGCUUUUGUUGAAUCAACCCAGAAGUCCCCUGUGAAAAGGAGGAGGAUGCACUCUUCAUCAGAUGUCAUCACACAGGAGUUUAUGGAUUUACGCACACGCUACACAGCUCUGGUUACCCUGACAACGCAACAUGUCAAGUAUAUUAGUGAUGCACUACGGCGACUAGAGGAGGAAGAGAAAGAGGUGGAAGAAGAGAGGCAGGCACGAGUGGGGCAGGUCUCAGAGCUGCUCGGCUGGGUCAAUGGCCUACAGGAGCGCACUGGCAGAUCUGCCGAGCCAUCACUUGCUGCACAGCAGGCUAUUAGUGAGCAGUUAGCAGCUAAAAAAGAGGAAGUUGCUGAAGCUAUCAGGAGCACCCAAGUUUUCCUGAUGUCAAAACAGGCCAGCAAGCUGUCUCCUGAUGAGCGUGCACAGGUGGUCUCCCAGCUGGAUGAGCUGACGGCCACCUACACUCAACUGUGUGACAGUUCUAACGCACAGUUGCAACAACUUGAGGAGCAGCUGGCCAAAGAGGAGAAGCACAAGGGCCAAGAAGUCAUCGCUGGAGUAAUUGACCUUGGCACCAUGGAAACCUUUCCAGUUUUCCAGGCAGCUCAGCGUGGCCUCAUAGACCAAGACACCUGUCAUGUACUGUUGGAGGCACAGGUCAUCAUGGGUGGUCUAUUCCAGUAUGACUCCCCUGAUAAACUGUCAUUAGAUAAGGGUCUUUCCAGUGGUUUGAUUGAUAAACAAACUUACCAAUCACUGGAAGAGUUAGAGACUGCCCUUGGUCUUGUCAACACAGUAAAAUUUGCAGAGGGUCAGGAAUUACCAGUCGCCACUGCUAUGAAAGAAGGUGUCAUAAAGGAGCUGAUGGGACUACGUAUACUUGAGUUGCAGAUAAGCACUGGCAGCCUGAAGUUUGGUUCCAGUGGAGAAAUGGUCAGCCUGGAUAAUGCAAGGGAGAAGGGAUUGUUAUCCCCUGAUCUUUGUCAAAAGCUGCAAUCCUGUCUUCACCGGCGAGAACUUAUUGAUCCAAAUACAGCAGAAAAACUAAGUCUGGUUGAAUUUCAACAGCGUUGUGUUGUCAAUCAAGAGACGGGUCUGCGCUUCUUUCCGGUUAAACAGAAGCCAGGAGGAACUGUCUGCUUAUGCUCUGGCAGAAAGGUGGGAAUAUUCUGUGCUGUUCAAGAGGGGCUUAUCGACCGGCAUGUCACAGUUCGACUUCUGGAGGCUCAGUUGUUUGCUGGAGGUAUCACAGACCCCCGCUCAGGACACAGAUUGACUGUUAAUGAGGCUGUCCGGCAUGGCCUAAUGGAUCAGGACUUGGCCUGCACCCUCAUGACACGACAGCUACAAGCAGGGGGAAUAAUAGAUCCAGUCAGUGGGGAGCGUCUAGAGUUGGAUGAGGCCAUAAAAAGAGACCUUCUCUCUCCUCGCAUAGCCUUACAUGUACUUCAAUCUCUCCAGUCUUUCAUGGCAAUAAUGUGGCCAGAAUCAGGGGAGUUGCUUCAUGUAAGUGAGGCACUUCAGCAGGGUGUCGUCAAUAGAGAGCUUGCUGCAAAAGCCCUGAGAAAACGUCAUUCUGUUGGUGCAGUAUAUCUGCCUGAGAGUGGACAGGUGGUCCCUCUGCAUCAAGCUGAUAAGAUACUUAAGCCUCAGGCAGUGGAGAUCCUAAAACAGAUCCAGGUUCCAGAUGUCCUUCCCAAUGUGACUCAGUCAAGUUCCUCAUAUAUGAAGCGAUUGAGUUCUGGAUCUGCCUAUUCUUCAUCACCCCCUGCCUCACAUGCAGAUGUCAAUUAUGACUUUUCCAUCAUGGAGGAAGGUAGGUCAGAAGAACAGGUUCAAUACCACCUUCUCACUCAAGUGAUGACACACAGCUACAUUGAUGCUCACUCAGGAGAACGUCUAGUCCUACUAGAACCUGAACUGGUAGAACUAAUAUGUGAAAAUGUUAAAACCACAAAUCUUGUCAGACCAGUCCAACACAAAAUCUGUGAUAACAUUAGAGUUACAAUGGACAGUGAAGCUAUUAGUGGGAUUGAAGAGGAAGAACAUGAAGAACCCAAAAUUAUACAAUAUGAAAUUGCCUGCAAAGACUCUUAUUUGGAAGAGACUAUAGAAAUGUCAGGGGAAGAUCUUGCACCCUUGAUGGUCACCAACAAAACCUUUAAAGAGCCUUUGCAUAAAGUAGUUUUGCAAGAGAAAGUUCUGUCAUCAGAAGAGUAUGAACAACCCAAGAUAAAAGGUAAAAUUGUCUGCAAGAUCACUGAUAUAGGAGAGACAGUAGAAAGAACAGAAGAUCUUGCACCAUUGACAGAAACAAACAUAGCUUUUAAAGAGCUUUCAAAUGAUGAGAUUCAAGAAGUUUUGUCAUCAAGAGACUAUGUAGAACCCAAGGUUAAAAAAGGUGACAUUGACAGGAAGAACACUGACAUGGGUAAGACUAUAGAAGGAGCAUUGGAAUAUGUUGCAUGCUUGACAGGCACAGACAGAACUUUUAUAGAGCCUUCACAUGCAGAGGUUUGGCAUGAGAACUUUCUAUCAUCAAGAGAAUGUGAAGAACCCAAGAUUAAGAAAGAUGAAAUUGAGAGCAAUAAUACUGUUGUGGGUGAAUCUAUCGAACUGGCAGAGAAAGAUCUUCCACACUUGGUGAGUAAAGACAGACCCUUUAUAGUGCCUUCACAUAAAGAGGACUGGCAAGAGAAAGUUUUGUCACCAGGAGGACAUGAAAAACCCAAGGUUUUAAAAGGUAAAAUUGCCUGGACAAACACUGAUAUAAGUGAGACAGUAGAAAGUGUAGAGGAAGAUAUUGCACCCUUGGCAGGCACAUCCAGAGCUUUUAUAGUGCCUUUACAUAAAGAGAACUUACAAGAGAAAGUUCUAUCGACAGGACAAUAUAAAGAACCCAAGAGUAAAAAAGAUGAAAUUGCCAGCAAGAAGACUUACAUAGGUGAGACACAAGAUCUUGCAGCUUUAAAAGGCUCAGAAAUAACCUUUAUAGAGCCUACACAUGAAGUUGUUUGGCAAGAGAAAGUUCUGUCAUCAGGAGAAUAUGAAGAACCCAUUAUUAUGAAAGGUAAAAUUGCCUGGAGGAACACUGGUAUGGGUGAGAUGAUAGAAAAAGCGGAGAAAGAUUGUGCACCCUUGACAGACGCAGACAGAGCUUUUAUAGAGCCUUUAAAUAAAGAGAAUUUACAAGAGGAAGUUCUUUCAUCAGGACAAUAUAAAGAACCCAAUAUUAAAAAAGAUGAAACUGUCAGCAAGAAGACUAACAUAGGUGAGACACUAGAAAGACCAGAGGAUGUUGCAGCUUUAACAAGCUCAGAAAUGAACUUUAUAAAGCCGACACAUGAAUUUGUUUGGCAAGAGGGAGUUCUGUCAUCAGGAGAAUAUGAAGAACCCAUGAUUAUGAAAGGUAAAAUUGCCUGGAAGGACACUGGUAUGGGUGAGAUGAUAGAAAGAGCAGAGAGGGAUCUUGCACCCUUAACAGGCACAGAAGGAACUUUUAUGGAGCCUUCACAUGCGGUUUUGCAAGAGAAAGUUCUGUCAUCAGGAGAAUGUGAUGAAUCUGCAAUUUUAAAAGGUAAAAUUGCCUGGAGGUAUGCUGAUGUGAGAGAGACAAUAGAUAGAGCAGAAGGAGAUCUUGCACCCUUGACAGGCACAGAAGGAACUUUAAUGGAGCCUUCACAUGAGGUUUGGCAAGAGAAACAUUUGUCAGGAGAAUGUGAUGAACAUAAGAUUAAAAAAGAUGAAAUUGACAGGAAGAACACCGAAAUGGGUGAGACUAUAGAAAGAGCAGAGGAAGAGAUUCCACUCUUGACAGCCACAGUAAGAGCCUUUAUAGAGCCUUCCCAAGAAGAUUACUGGCAAAAGAAUGUUCUGUCAUCAGGACUAUAUGAAGAGCCCAAGAUUAAAGUAAAUAAAAUUGCCAACAUGAAGACUGAUCUGGGUGAGACUAUAGAAAAGACAGAGGAGCAUCUUGCACCCUUGACACUGAAAGACCUAAACUUAACAGUGCCUUUUCACACAAGCUCAACUCUACCGAAGACUAUAUCAGAUAAUGGGGCACCCUCUCAGAAUCAAAUUAUAGAUUCAACAUUAAAUGAGUCUAAAAAUAAGCAAACAUUUGUCCUGGAACAAGCAGAUAGUAGUGGGGUAUUUCUAGAGAUAACGGAACAAAAAAUGUGUGACAUGAGUGAAAGCAGUGCACAUACUUCACUACAAGAUACUGUAAACGUCAGACAGUAUGAUCAGCUGAAUGUCAAACCAGAUGAAGCCAAGACUGCAAAACAGCCAGAGGAACUAAAGGAAAUGGUUGAACAUGAGGAAAAUAAAAGAAUCUUUUAUCAGCCUGGUAAAGAUGAGAAAUUAUACCCUUCAGAAAGGAAGACUUUGUCAGUGGAACUAAGUGAUGAUGAUGUGAAGCUUGGGAGUAUGGCAAUGGAACUGCAACAAGGGGGUCUUGUAACUGUAGGUGGCCAGAAAGUUCUCUUGGAUGAUGCUCUGGCACAGGGUUUGCUUCCAGGGCACACUGCUAUUAAGCUUAUGGAAAAAGCUGGUCUCUUUGGUGGUUUUCUGGAUAUUAAAGCCUGUAAGUCACUUAGUGUUGAAGAUGUGAUGCAAGAAGGCCUGUUGGAUGAGGACUUGAUGGCCCGUGUUCUUCAUUCAGAAAAUAUAUUAGCCGGUGUGAUUGAUGUGGAGCAUGGUCGGCUUUGCUCAGUAAAGGAAGCUGCUGAGGCAGGCCUGUUGGACUCUGAUACGGCUGUUCGACUUCUUGAAGCCCAGGUUGUGUCAGGGGGAAUAGUUGACCUACUAAGAGACAAGAAGGUAUCAGUUACCCUUGCAGCCAACCUUGGGUUGAUUGAAGAAGGUAGGAAAGAGAAGAUUCUUUCACUGGAAAAGUCAUGCAGAAGAAAAUGUUCAGAUCAAAAUGCAGUGCAAACCAAGUUUGCACUACAGUUACAAAUGAAAGGAGUGAUGGACCCAAAAACCGAAAAGCCUGUCCCACUGGAACAAGCCCUUCAAACUGGCUUAAUUGGACAGGAUGAGGCUCAGAUGAUUCUAUGCCAGCAGGUUGCAGAAGGUGGUAUUGUGCAUCAUGGCUCUGGUGUUCGCCUUACUGUUGUGGAUGCACUACACCUGGGUCUCAUAAAUCACACAGUCGCUCCAAAGUUGAUGGAACUGGAAAAGGCUUUCAAAGGCCAAGAGCCAUGUAGUUUGGAUCAAGACACUUCAUUUCUUCAGGCCUCUACAGGUUCUAUUUAUGAUGAUGCAUCAAAAAGCAGGAUUACUCUGAGCGAGGCUGUUUCUAAAGGCCUUCUAGAUGAUGAAACGGCAAAUAAAGCUAUGGCCUCACCCAAUGUGAAGAGCGGAUUGUUGGACCCUCAUAAAGCUUGUGUUGUGUCCUACUCUGAGCUGAUAAACCAGGGUAAAAUUGACAUUGAGACAGGACAGAGAUUCCUUGAAGUGAGACCUUUCAGGGGUGUUCCACAUAAACAAACUGAUGAAAUGAUGACCAUACCACAGGCAAUUAAGGCAGGCCAAGUAGAUCCCAUACCAGCAGUGAGAGUAUUGCAGAGUCAAGCAGAUACAGGGGGUAUCAUUAACAUUUAUAGUGGAGAGCGGUUGCUUCUUCCAGAGGCUAUAAAUAAAGGCUUAGUUGAUAAAGACAUGGCUAAAUGUAUUGCUACAAAUCAACUCUUGAAAGGGGGGUUGCUCAGUCCAGCCAGUGGGCAGAGGGUCUCCAGCAUUACUGAGGCAGUUGAAUAUGGGCUUAUUUCUACAGAAAUGGCUGCAGAACUUCAACACAGCAUGGGCCUUGUAGAUGAAGAUGAGAGGAAAAGUUCCAAAAUACCAGCUUCUUUAACGAAAGGACCAUCUAGUUCUUUUUUUCCUGAGAUGAUAUCAGAGCGGGUCAGUCCUAAUAAAAUGUCACUUGAGAAAAGUCUAUUGAGUAUACCAUCCCCACCAUCAUCAUAUCUUACAGAGGCUGAAAUAAAAGAUGCAGAUCCUCUGAAAAAAGAGGAGCUUGAAUCUUUUGACGUCCGUCCUGAUUUGCAAAGUAAGGAACAAUUGGUUGAUGCAGUGAUGCAGGACAGCAAUGAUACAUCAUUGGAGGUUCUGACAGAAUUUACCUUGAAAGCAGAAAAGAGACUUCAGCAGGCCAUUAAAGAGAUAAAGCCCACAGAAAGCGAAUAUAUAAAAUCACAGCCAAUUCAAAGCCCUGAGCAACCUGAAGAGAUUACUGAUAUCAAAUCGCAAAAGGUGGAAGUUAAGAACUCAACAGCUUUACUUGACAACACCACAGAGUUGGAAAUCCAGAGGCAGACAGUAAAUAAAUCUGCAGUUUCUACUGCCAUAUUAUUAGAAAGCAGUGAUAACAGCAAGGAACAAGUCCCAUUUACAGAGCAAACAAAAGGAGAGAGAAAGAUCCAAAGGCAGAGAGUAAGUGAACCUGCAAUCAAUUUAUCAAACACUGAUGAUGGCUUGCAAAACAAGGAACAAACCGCAUCUAUAGAGCAAAUAGAAGGGCAUAGUUUCAAGCUAGAAGCAGAUCAGUCAGUGUCAAAACAAGAGAAAAUCAAGGACAGCCAGGAGACUGGAUUGGAUCCUUAUGCUUCUACACCCACAAGGCCAGUUAAGGCAUCAGGAAAAAAGAAAGGCAGAGGGAAAAAUGUUAAGCAAGCUAAAAUGGAAAGUGAUGUAAAGCCACAAGUUUCAGACACCUUAGCCAGGAUUUCACCUAUAGAAAAAGCAGAAGAUGAUGGACAAGGUGGCUUUACCACUAGUCAAAAGCCUAUUAUGAAAGACGAUGAAGAGAAGGUGAUUGAAGUACAGCUAUCAGAGACAUCCCAUGCAAGUGGUAUCCUUACACCUGUGACAGGGAGUGAUGAGACUGUGCAAGGCAAAUAUUUGGAAAUAGGUGUGGAUAGAACUCCUAAUGAAACUGAAACCUCCAACCGUGAGUCUGAUCAUGAAAGCAAUGCAAGACAGAAAGAGAAGACUCUAACACAGCACAGUGUUACAACUUGCAUGGCAAAAACUGACCAGCGUCAGGAGGCUAUUGACGUCUCUAAGGACCUUGCCACUGAUAUAUCAGAAAAGAAGAGAAAGAAGAAAAGCAAAAGUAAAAAAGUUAAGCAAGUGUGUAUUGUUGAAGCAGCAGGAGUAGAGAAAAGAGAUGAUGAGACUGAGAAAGAGCAUAAGACUGUGAUCCAUGAGGUCGAACUUCAAAUCAGUCAAUCAGGUGAGAAAGAAAGUAUGAAGCAACUUGAGAAAGCCAAUCAGGCAAUGGCACAGAAGGAAAAACUUUUGAUGAAAGCUAAGGAAAGCAUUCUUAGGAAGGUGUUUGAGCGAGGAGUGAGUGAAAAACAAGCUGCUGAAGAAUUAGAAGCGAUGCGUCAAGUAGCUAGUAAUGGAGAAUACCGCAUUACCACCCAAGAGGAAACUAUUGUAGAGAAGACGAGCUGUAAGCCUCCUCAAAGUAAGAAGGACAAUAAACUACACCAGACGGGGCAAGAAAUGAACGAAAGGUCAGUGCCAAACAUUGCAGAGAAUCUUCUACCUGGGUCUGAUAGUGAUCCAUGCUCCUCAGCUAAAGCACAGCUUCAAAAACAGGAAGAAGAUCAGCAUGACAAGCAUACAAACACGGGAUUAAGUGGAGAUGAUAUGAAUCAGAAUAUUCCAUCUAUGAAAACCUCUGAUGACAUUGUGAACAUAAACCAGAAAAAACUGGUUCUAAUCCAGAAUUUAGAAGGAGAAACCAAAGAAAGAACAGCAGAAAAACAAAGCAUUGAGCCAUUAUAUACAGAUGAAAUGUUGAUAGACCCUAUGAGUGAAUUGACCUUGCCAUCAAGCACUGCAGUGACUGACAGCCAUGAAAUUGCUAAAUCAAUACCCCUCAAAUGUGUCUUUGACAUCCCAGCAGUGAAGGACUCCAAAGCACUUCUAUUAAGUGAGGUGUGUAUUCCUUUACAAAAUACCAAAACAGCAGUGAAAAAGGUAAGCAGUGAAGUUCAUCAAGAAAGAAUCGAGGAGCCCCCUUUCAGUGAUUAUGAAGGCACAGAUGAACCUUCUAUCCAACAAUGUAAAGUUUCUGGUCUACCCCAUAUGGAGGUGAUCCCAGAGUCUGAUACCAAACAGAAAGAAGAGGUGGAAGAAUAUGCAGAGGCUUUAGUGGAACCGCAGCCUGGAGAAGUUCAAAUGAAUAUUGAACAAAUAAGAAAAGACACCACAAAAGCUAGCAAGUCCUCACUGGCUCGCCAAGAGUGCUUAGAACAUGACCAACAGAUUGUGGCUUUGCUUUCUAUGGUGAGACACAUUGAGGUCCGCCUAAAGCAGCAGCAGCAACAGUCCGUUGGUCGAGGUCUCUCCACAAUCGAUGACAUAAUCAAACAGAUAGAGAUGCUUUUUCUGGAAAUUAGUGACCUGGAACCAGAAGUGCGCCAGGAGACUGAAGCAGCUACACAGCUGCUGGAGUCUUACCCUCAGAAUGUUCCACCUCAGCUGCUUAAGGCCCUGGAAAAAGAUGGGCGAAGCUUAGCUCGGGCUUACAGUGCAGCCAGAGACCUUGCCCAGAAUACUUUGCAGGGGUUACGAGCACAACGUGAUGCACAAAACGAAGCUGUAAGCAGUCAGCUGAAAGCUUUACAAGAGCAAGUUGAUAAACUUCUUAUCUGGCUUAAGGAGACUGAGACACAAAUGCAGGAAGAAAUAGGGGUACAUGGACAGACGGUGGCCGAGAUCACUCAAAAGCAACAGUUGUGCAAAAUGUUACAGAACUCUCUUGCUGCCCGAUCCAAUGAAGUCAGCAAUGUGGCGUUCAAUAUUCAGGUGUUUAUCUCUGAACAUGCUCAGGACCUGUUGCCUGAUCAGAGCAGGCGUCUCCUUGGACAACUGGAGCAGCUACAGAGGGUCUUUCACCAGGCUGUUGGUCUCAAUCAUGCCAGGGCAGAGGCACUAUCAGCCCAGCAGGCGAGAGAGAACCAACAAAUUAGGAAAGAACAGAAAGAAAAAGAAGAGAGAAUGGAAAAAGAGAGACAAACUACAAGGGACAGAGAGGUUGUGCAGCAGCAGAAGGCAGAAUGCUGUCAAAAACUGGAGAAUCUCACAAUGUGGUUGGCUGGUGCUGCCAGCCUCUUGGCCAAUCAGAGAGUUGGAACCGAGUCAGAUGAUGUGAACGAGUUACAGCAGAAGCAAAGAGAGCUUAAGGAGGUGGAGAAGGACCUUCAGACCAAAAGUGACUUGUUGACUGAGACUAUCCACUCAGUGGAGGAGUUGCUGUCUGAGCAGGGUGACAGUUUGAGUCCUGAAGAGAGGGCCAAACUACAGGGGACUCUUUCACAAAUGAAAGAGCAGCACGGCUCACUUACAAACUCAGUCCGCUCUUCACUAAGUAAAGUAGACACUGCCAUUGUCACAACACUGCAACAGAACACACAAAGAGCUAAAGCAGAGGAGCAGAUGCAGGAGACACAGGAAAAAAUAGACACACUUCUCAGAGAAUUGUCAUCACUGGAUGACUCAAAGAGGAGGUCACUUGGCAACACUGUCACUGACACCCCAUCAUCUGUACCACCGGAGAAUGCUAUAAAUUCCCACAGUGACAUGCUUCAGACUGAGCUGCAGCAGUUACAAGCUCAACAGGCUCACCUUCAGCAGGUGGCCCAGUCUGUCCACUCUCUCCUGGAACAGCCCGACUCCAGUGUGCCACCAGAGGAGAAACAGCGCUUACGGGCAAAACUAGAACAAUUACAGAAUCAGCAUCAGGAGCGCCUUCAGAACUGUCAGGACAGGCUAAGGCGGGCAGAGGCCCUCGGAGAUGAGUUUGCCAAGUUUGUGCAGGAGCAUGGGAACCUAGGGACAUGGCUGGAUCAGAGUGAACAAGAGCUACGUUCACUCGGUGAAGGGGAAACUGAUGCAAAGGGCCUAAAAGAUAGGAUUGAGGAGCACAAAAAGCUUGCAGAUGAUGUCAUCUGUCACAAAGCGGAUCUGCGCUUUGUGACAAUCUCUGGGCAGAAGGUUCUGGAUUCUAUCCAGGGGGCCUUGGAGAAGGUGGGCAGUACGGAUCCAGCUCUGGAGGAAACCAGACACCUAGUGAGUGGCAAGCUCCAAGAUGCCACUAAGCGCUACGGUUCAUUACACAGCAAGUCCUCAGAGCUUGGCACCCAUCUCUCAGGUCUCCUGGAGCGAUACCAACACUACCAGGAUGAGGCUGGUUCUUUAGUCUCCUGGCUGAGCACUCAGGAGCAAAAUCAGAGUGUAUUUAAAGCCAGCGGAGAGCAAACGGACACUCAGACAUUGCAGCAUACGCUCAGUACUGUACAGCUGUUGCAGGAUGAGUUGGCAGAGCGUUCGGUACAGCUUGAGAAGGUCAAGAGGACAGGAAAAGAGCUGGUCAGCACUCAGGAGUCCCCAGCUCUCAAAAAUGCAGAUAUUAACAAUCUUACAGAUACUCUGGAGAAGCGCUUUGAAAUCCUGUCUAAUUCAGUGUCAGUGAGAGCCGAACAGCUUCAAACAGCUGUUGCCCAAUCAGUCAGCGUUCAGGAGGGGCUUAAAGCACUGCUGGCAUGGUUAGAUGGACUACCUUUAUCACCUGGCGCAGUCCAGGCCACCGCUCAAGCAGUUCAGGAUGCCCUGACACAAAAUCAGAAAAUACGUCAGGAGCUGCUUUCAAGGCAGGGCAGCAUGGAUGCAACUUUGGACUCUGUGUCCAAGCUUCUGAAGUCUGCAGAUGCAUCGACAGCGUCUGGCCUGCAGGGGGCACUACAGGACCUGAGUCAGCGCUACACAGCGGCCCAGGCCAAACAGGCUGAAAGAGAGACUGAGUUGCGAGGACUUUUGCCCAAGUUGGAGAGCUUUGAGCGCCAGAGUGCAGAUCUCCACAGCUUUACGCAGAGUCGAGAAAGGGCUCUCAGCCCAGUAGGCCAACCUGACUGCAGUGUGGAUGACUACAGACAGACCAUAGAGGAGGUGAGAUCAGAAAUUACCCAAGAGUCGAGUCAAUUAAAGUCAUUUGUCGAGCUCGGUUCAGACCUAAGCCAGUCUGGGAUCCUUGCCAAUGUACAAAGCCUUCUGGACACAACCAAAGAGGUUUCUGAGGACUUUGCACGCUUGGAAUCCAAUGUCAAUGAGAGAUUUGAUUCCAUCCAGAGCUGCGUCCAGCAACUGGCGGAGUUCCGCUCUCACUCUGGCUCGCUCCUCAGGUGGCUGCAGACAGUACAAGAACAACUUCCUGCCAAAGAGCCCAAUCUAAGCACAGAAAGCCUGCAGAGAAGAGCACAGCAGCUUAAAGAUCUACUCACAGAAUGGGAGACCCAAGGAAGCCAAGUUCAGGAGUUGAACAAGACCAGUUCACAACUGGAGAACUUGAUUAUUAACAUCACAUCCCCCAAGAACAAGGCUGACUUGACUGAGAUCCAGGUGGCAGUGGCAGAUGUGAACUGCAAGUAUGAGCAGCUGGGCAGUGACCUGAGGGAAAGGAAGGGUAGGCAAGAGGCCUCUCUUGACCUGCGACAGAAGGCCAGGCAGGGCACUGAGGCACUCAUCCAGUGGCUGAGCCUCCGUGAGCAGAGCCUGGCACAAGGGCAGACUGCCUCACCUUCUCGGCCAGAGGUGGUGCGUGCUCAAGCCCAAGAGACUAAGGUUUUGCUUUCUGAACUUGCCGAGCAUUCUGGGAAAAUGGAGGAUCUGAAGAACAUUCUCAAGCAGCUAAUAACAGAUAAUCCAGACUCUCCUGAAGCUGAGACAUGGAAACGUCAGCUUGAAGACAUAGACUCACGGUGGACGAAGGCCAAUCAGACUGCAGCUCAGAAGCAGACUAAAUUGGAGGUGUGUGCUGAUAGGCUUGGUAGUUUUGCUGCAGCAGCCAGUCAGCUAGGACCAUGGCUACGAGAGAAAGAGCUGAUGAUGAGUGUAUUAGGUCCACUGAGUAUCGACCCCAACAUGCUCAACACACAGAAACAGCAAGUGCAGUUCAUGCUACGUGAGUUUGAGACACGGCAACCCCAGUUUGAUCAGCUGACUCGGGCGGCAGAGGGAAUCCUCUCCCCGUCUGGAGACGAGGGUUCUAGAGAUGGACAGGACCUAGAGGAGGUGAGGCAGGAGCUGGCAGACGUUUCACAGCAGUGGGAAGACCUCACCGUUCGUCUCACCGGCCGCUCACAGCAGAUCGACCAGGCGCAGGGAACCAGCGAGUGCUACUUGGCCCUGCUCAGGGAGCUGUCUCAGAGCGUGGCCGAUCUAGGUGAGAGGCUGGAUGCGCAGGCCUCUCUAAGCGCUCAGCCUGAAGCCCUGCGCCGUAGGCUUCAGGAAACUGGGGAGAUCCGUGCUGUGCUGGAACAGAGACGAGGUCAACUUGCCCAGGCUGAGCAGCUGUGUUUGGAGCUCAGCACAAUUGUGGCCGAACCAUAUCUCCGAGAUGAGUUACACAAGAGAUUGGAGAGUGUGAGCGGGCCCCUCAAAAACCUAGAAGAACGGGCUGCUGAUGGCUUGUCCCAGCUGCAGGCUGCCCUGUCCAGCACUCAGCAGUUCCAGCAGAUGUUUGACGAGCUUCGUGGCUGGUUGGGCGGGCAGGCUGGGAAUCACACUGCUGGGGUUUCUGAAGGCCUUCCUUGCCAACCUGAUGCUCUAAAGACCCUUUUGGCCCAACAAGAGGAUCUCCAGCGAGCCAUAGCACAACAACGUGGAUCCUAUGAGCUCAUCCAGGCCGAGGGGACAUCUUUGCUAGCAUCCCUCCCUGCUGGAGAUGAGCGAUUAGCCCUACAGACUCGACUAAACACCUUAAGGCAAGACUGGGAGGGCAUGAACCAACAAACCUCUAAUAAACAUAGUCGAAUAAAAGAGACACUGUCCCGUGCUGAGCUGUACCAACAACAUCGCAAUGAGCUUGUACCUUGGGUUGCAGAAUGUGAGGAAAGGGAGGCAGAGAUCCACCCAUCACUGGACCCCUCCACCUUAGACGAGGCUUUGCAAAAGGCUAGACUGUUGAGCCUAGACUUGGAUCGUCGUCGCCGCCUCUUAGAUUCUCUGAACACGGCAGCAGAUCAGCUGCUGGAGCAGAGCUGUACUGGUGAAGAGGAAGUGAUGGAUGAAAAAGCCCAGCUGAAUCGCAGGAUAGAUGGUCUCUCUGAGCGACUACAGGGACGCACGGCUCAGAUAGAAGAGUUGGGAAGCAGACUGAAGGAGUUUGAAGAUGGGAGACUGGCUGUGGAGAGAAGACUCGAGGCAGCCAGACAUCAGAUCGAGGUUCAGGAGGCGCUUGGGCCGCAAGCUUGUAGCAACAAAAGCCUGGAGCGUCUUCGUAGCCAACAAGAACUGUUAAACUCUAUACAGCCACAGGUAGUAUACCUGCAAAAUCUGGCUCUGGGGCUACUCCAGGAUGCGCCCGAGAUCUCCAGGGCCGGCGAAGAUGGUGGCCAGAGGCUGUUGCAGCAAGCUCGUGAUGCGGAAAAAGAGUUUGAAGAAGUUACUGAGAAGACAGAGCAAUGCUGCUUAUCCUUGGAGUCCCGGUUGCAAGGUGUGGGAGAGGUCCAGUCACAUGUUCGAGAUGUUUUCUCCCGCCUGGCUGAUUUGGACGAUGAGUUGGACAGCCUUAGCCCUGUGGGACGGGAUACUGACUCCUUGGCCUCACAGGCUGAUGCUGUCAGGGGCUUCCUGAGUCGACUCAGUGGCCUCCGUGCCGAGCUAGAGAGUCAUGGUGGAGAAUGCACGACUAUGCUGCGUAGAGAGGGAAGCUCUCCUGAUCUUCUGGCCCUCAGGCGAGAGACUGAAGCACUAAGCAGACAGGCAGGCAAGCUGGCAGAGCGGGGCCAGAACCGUCUGGCACUCAUAGAAGCCGCAGAAGAGCGAAUGAAGGAGUUCUACGCCCGUCUAGCUGACCUACAAGGGUUGCUGGGACGGGCAGAGGAGGUGCUGGACACACAGGCCAUCGUGGGGACAGAAGUGGAGGUCAUCAAACAGCAACUUCAGGAAUUCAAGGCCGUAGAAAGGGAGCAGAUAGACAGCAUUCAGCCUAAACUGCAACAUGUCAACGCUGUGGGUCAAGGUCUUAUCCAGAGUGCAGCCAAACACACUGACACUCAGAGCCUGGAACAUGACUUGGAGACCACCAACCUGCGCUGGAACUCCCUUAACAAGAGGGUUGCUGAAAGAAUCGCACAGCUGCAGGAGGCCCUGUUGCAUUGUGGGAAGUUCCAAGAUGCUCUGGAGCCACUCUUGAGCUGGCUUAGUGACACAGAGGAGCUCAUAGCCAAUCAGAAACCUCCGUCUGCUGAGUACCGUGUGGUCAAAGCACAAAUUCAGGAGCAAAAGCUGCUGCAACGGUUACUGGAUGACCGCCUUGGGACAGUAGAAAUGAUCAGGGCAGAAGGAGAGCGAAUCGCUGCUACGGCCGAGACACAAGACAGAGACAAAAUCCAGAAACAACUUAAGAGCCUAGGAGAGAGAUGGACAAAUCUGCUGGAAAAGGCCAGUGCCAGGCAGCGGCAGCUAGAGGAGCUGCAGGUGUUAGCGCUGCAGUUCCACGAGGCAGUGGAGCCACUUGGUGAGUGGUUGAGCACAUCAGAGAGACGUCUGAGCUCCGCUGAGCCAAUGGGAACCCAGACCUCCAAAAUCACACAGCAGAUUGUAAGGCACAAGGCUCUCCAAGAGGAGGUAUCCUCUCGGGAGAAUGAUGUAGACCAUCUUGAGACUCUCAGUCAAUCACUGCACCCACUCAGCUGUGCGGCUGACCGUGAUUGGCUGGGUGAACGUGUGGCGGCAGUGCGCAACGGGCACACGGAGCUGCAUGAUUGGUGCAAUCGGAGAGAGGCCAUGCUGGAGCAGGCCCUGGCCAAUGCACAGCUAUUUGGAGAAGAAGAGGUGGAAGUCCUUAACUGGCUAGCUGAGGUGGCGCAGAGACUGGCUGAGGUCUCAGUGCAGAGUUAUCAGCCGGAGCUACUAGAGCAGCAACACAAACACACACUGGCUCUUAAUGAAGAGAUUAUCAGCAGGAAGAAGACAGUGGACCAAGCCAUUAAGAAUGGACAGGCUCUGCUUAAACAAACUACUGGUGAGGAGGUCCUGUUGAUUCAAGAGAAGCUAGAUGACAUCAAAAGCCGGUACGCAGAGAUGACAGCAGGCAGCAGCAAGGCCCUCCGUACUCUCGAACAGGCCCUUCAGUUGGCCACGCGAUUUGCUAGCUCGCAUGAUGACAUCAGCCAAUGGUUGGAUAGCGUGGAGGCGGAGCUUAACAACAUUGAGCCAGACACAGCACCAGCCUAUCAGGACAGACAGAGGGAGCUGAAGUGCGUGUCUGCUGAGAAGAGGUUAGUUCUGGACACAGUGAAUGAGGUGGGCAGUGCUUUACUGGAUCUGGUGCCCUGGCGUGCACGGGAAGGCCUGGACCGCCUGGUCGCCGAUGCCAAUCAGCGCUACCGCCAAGCGGAUGAGACCAUCACACAGAGAGUGCAGUUAGUGCAGGCUGCCAUCCAAAGGUCACAGCAGUAUGAGGAGGCAGUUGAUGCAGAGCUGACCUGGGUCGGAGAGACCGAGAGGAAGUUGGCGUCUCUGGGGCCUCUGAGUCUGGAGCCUGAUGUGACUGUGGCACAGCUCCAGGUGCAGAGAGCCUUUAACAUCGACAUCAUCCGUCACAAAGAUACUGUGGACCAACUCCUUAAGACACGAGAGGACAUCCUGGAGAGCUGUAGUGAACCGCAGAGAGAGGCUCUGAAGGUGAAGACAGACUCUUUAAGUGCUCGUUAUGAAGCAGUAAAUCAGAGUCAUGCUGAGCGCUUCUCAGCUCUAGAGCAGGCUCAGGUCCUGGUAGCACGGUUCUGGGAGACGUGUGAGGAACUUGAACCCUGGCUGGGUGAGACCGAGACUCUGAUUACCCAGCAAGCCCCUCCUGCCAUUGACACAGAAGCGCUCAGACAACAGCAAGACCAGAUGAGGCUUUUGAGAGAGUCCAUCGCUGAGCACAAGCCUCACAUAGAUAAACUGCUAAAGAUCGGUCCACAGCUGGCAGAACUCAGUGCCCAGGAAGGGGCAACAUUGAGACAACGUUAUAAUGAAGCAGAGAGACGUUACCUCAGCAUCAAAGAGGAGGUCAAAGGUCGAGCCACAGCACUGGAUGAAGCAGUGUCACAGUCUGUCCAGCUGGUAGAGUUCCACGAUAAGAUGGACCCUCUUCUGGAGACUCUGGAAGGUGCAGUUCAACGCUUGCGGCAGCCACCUCCAGUGGCGGCUGAGGUGGAAAAGAUCCGGGAGCAACUUGCGGAGCACCGGGCUACAGGACUAGAGCUGGACAAACUCCUUCCAUCUUUCAGCGCCCUGUGUGCCCGAGGAGAAGAGCUCAUCAGUCGCGCCCCACACGACGAUCCUGCCGCCCAGGCGGUGCGUUCGCGACUCUUACGGCUGCGUUCUCUGUGGGAUGAGAUCAGGCAGAGGGCAGAGGAAAGAGAAGGAAAGCUUCAGGAUGUUUUAGAUCUCGCCGGAAAGUUCUGGGCCGACAUGGCCGCUCUGCUAAGCACACUUCGUGACUCUCAGGAUAUUGUGAAAGAUCUGGAGGACCCAGGGGUGGAUCCUUCACUUAUAAAACAACAAAUAGAGGCAGCCGAGGCCAUUAAGCAAGAGACAGAUGGGCUGAGGGAAGAACUGGAGAUCGUACGAACACUUGGAGCUGACCUCAUCUUUGCCUGCGGAGAGACUGAGAAACCAGAGGUCAAGAAGACCAUCGAUGAGAUGAAUGCAGCCUGGGAAGGCUUGAACCGCACGUGGAGAGAGAGAAUGGAGAGACUGGAAGAGGCCAUGACUGCCUCUGUGCUGUACCAGGAUGCUCUUCAGGGCAUGUUUGACUACUUGGACAAUGCUGUCAUCAAACUGUGUGACAUGCCAGCUGUAGGGACAGACCUCAGCACUGUUAAACAACAGAUCGAGGAGCUCAAGCAAUAUAAAGUGGAAGUUUACCAGGAACAGAUUGACAUGGAGAAGCUUUGCCACCAAGGAGAGCUGCUGCUCAAAAAAGUGAGCGACCAAACAGACCGAGACAUGAUUCAGGAGCCUCUCACUGAGCUACGCCACCUGUGGGAUAACUUGGUGGACAAAAUCACAAUCAGACAGCACAAACUGGAGGGUGCACUGUUGGCUCUAGGUCAGUUCCAGCAUGCUCUCUCUGAGCUGCAGUCUUGGCUCAGUCACACUCACGCCACACUGGACACCCAGCGACCCAUCAGCUCUGACCCCAAGGCCAUCGAAAUUGAGCUGGCUAAGCAUCAUGUUUUAAGAAACGACGUGCUGUCCCAUCGGGCUACAGUGGAGACAGUGAACAGUGCAGGCUCUGAGCUUCUGGAGUCCAGUCCUGGAGAUGAAAUCAACCACCUGAGAGACCAGCUGGAUGAGCUCAACCGCAGCUGGAAGAACCUUCUGCUGAAGACUGAUGAGAGGCAGAAGCUUUUGGAAGCUGCCCUGCAACAGGCGGAGUGUUUCCAUGGAGAGUUGGAGGAGUUUCUGCUGUGGCUCAGACGCACAGAGAGUCAGCUGUCCGCUGCCAAACCCACAGGUGGCCUGCCUGAGACCGCCAGAGAGCAGCUGCAGCAACACAUGGAGCUCCAGGCUCAGUUGACCCAGAGGACUGAGCAGUACCAUCGGCUACUGGAUCAGGGAGAGUCCAUUCUGCUGGCCAGAGGAGGGGAGGAUGCAGGACCUGGUACCACCCAGACCCAGCAAAACCUGGCCAUGCUACAGAACAAGUGGGCCAGUCUCAAUACCAAAAUGGAUGACAGAAGGGAUAAACUGGAGGAAGCCGUCUCGUUGGCAACAGGAUUCCAGACCUCCCUGCAGGACACCGUAAACUGGCUGACACAGGCAGAGCAGACUCUCAACAUGGCUCAGCCACCCAGCCUCAUUCUCGACACAGUCCUAUUCCAGAUAGAUGAGCACAAGGUGUUUGUGAAUGAGGUGAACACUCACAGAGAGCAGGUUCUGGCUCUGGAGAAAGCUGGCUCUCAGCUGCGGUUUGCCAGUCUCAAACAGGAUGUGGUUCUCAUCAAGAACCUGCUGCUCAGUGUACAGGCCCGCUGGGACAAACUGGUGCAGAGAUCACUAGACCGAGGACGUCACCUGGAUGAGGCCCGCAAGAGAGCCAAACAGUUUCAUGAGGCCUGGAGGAAACUGACAGACUGGUUAGAGGAAGCAGAGAGCAGGCUGGACUCUGAGCUGGAAAUCUCUAAUGAGCCUGACAAGAUUAAAAUCCAGCUGGCCAAACAUAAGGAGUUCCAGAAGUCUCUUGGCUCCAAGCAGCCAGUGUAUGACACCACAGUGCGCUCUGGGAAGGCCAUGAGAGACAAGGCAACACUGCCAGCAGACACACAAAAACUGGACAACUUGUUGGGCGAGGUCCGUGACAAAUGGGACACAGUUUGUGGAAAGAGCGUGGAGAGACAACACAAGUUGGAGGAAGCCCUCUUGUUCUCAGGUCAGUUUGCUGAGGCUCUCCAGGCACUUGUUGACUGGCUAUAUCGUGUGGAACCUCAGCUUGCAGAGGACCAGCCUGUCCAUGGAGAUCUGGAUCUUGUUUCCAACCUAAUGGACUCCCAUAAGGUCUUCCAGAAAGAGCUGGGAAAAAGGACCAGUAGUGUACAGGCUCUGAAGCGGUCUGCCCGAGAGCUGAUGGAGACGGGCCGGGACGACACCGCCUGGGUCAAAGUUCAACUGCAGGAGCUUAGCAACCGCUGGGAAACAGUCUGUGCCCUGUCUGUUUCAAAACAGACUCGCCUCCAGCAGGCCCUCAAACAGGCAGAGGAGUUCCGCACAGCUGUUCAGAUGUUGCUGGAGUGGCUUUCGGAGGCAGAGCAAACAUUGCGCUUCCGGGGCGUCCUGCCAGAGGAGGUAGAGACUCUGCAGGCACUACUGCACACGCACCGGGAUUUCAUGCAGACAGUGGAGGAGAAGAGAGUGGAUGUCAAUAAAGCUGCUGGCAUGGGUGAAGCCAUCCUAGCUGUGUGCCACCCAGACUGCAUCACAACCAUCAAACACUGGAUCACCAUCAUCAGAGCUCGUUUUGAAGAGGUGCUGACAUGGACCAAACAGCACGAGCAGCGCUUGGAGACGGCUCUGACUGAAUUGCUCAACAAUGCUGCACUACUGGAGGAGCUGUUGUCAUGGCUACAGUGGGCGGAGACCACACUGGUGCAGCGUGAUACUGAACCACUCCCCCAGGACAUUCCUCAACUGAAGACACUAAUUACAGAGCAUCAGGUGUUUAUGGAAGAAAUGACGCGAAAACAGCCUGAUGUUGACAAAGUGACAAAGACAUACAAGAGGAAACCAGCAGAACAUUCCAGCAGCCUGUCAGACAGGAGAGGGGCCCGAAAACACCAGCAGCAGCAGCAACAACAGCACUCAGUACAGGUAACCGGUGGUAACCCUCGCCUCACCCAGCUCUGCUCCCACUGGCAACAAGUGUGGCUGCUCGCCCUCGAUCGCCAGCGCAAGCUGAAUGAUGCUCUCGACAGACUAGAGGAGCUUAAAGAGUUUGCCAACUUUGACUUUGAUGUGUGGAGGAAGAAAUACAUGCGCUGGAUGAACCACAAGAAGUCUCGAGUCAUGGACUUCUUCCGACGCAUCGACAAGGACCAGGAUGGAAAGAUCACUCGCCAAGAGUUUAUCGAUGGCAUCUUGGCAUCAAAGUUCCCAACCAGCAAGCUGGAGAUGACAGCUGUUGCUGAUAUCUUUGACCGUGAUUGUGAUGGCUACAUCGACUACUAUGAAUUUGUGGCUGCUUUGCACCCUAACAAAGAUGCUUACAGACCCACAACAGACGCUGAUAAGAUCGAAGAUGAGGUCACCAGACAAGUGGCCCAGUGUAAGUGUGCCAAGAGGUUUCAGGUUGAGCAGAUUGGAGAGAACAAGUACAGGUUCUUCCUUGGGAAUCAGUUCGGAGACUCACAGCAGCUGCGUCUUGUACGAAUCCUGCGCAGUACAGUCAUGGUUCGAGUUGGAGGAGGGUGGAUGGCGCUGGAUGAAUUCCUGGUGAAGAACGACCCUUGUCGAGUGCAACAUCCAGGACUUAAAAUCUUCCGUUCUGACUCCAGCAGCUCCAUAUCAUCUCGCAUAGCUCGUGGACGUACCAACCUGGAGCUUCGAGAAAAGUUCAUUCUUCCAGAGGGAGCUACGCAGGGUCUGGCGGCCUUCCGGUCCCGGGGGCGGCGAUCCAAACCUUCGUCACGCACUGCCUCGCCCACCCGUUCAUCUUCAUCUGCAUCGCACAGCGCCCACAGCUGCGCCUCUCUACCCUCCGCACCCGCAACGCCCACAGCCUCCUCAAGGUCCUUCCAAUCCCAAUCUCAAGGCUAUGCCAAGCCCUGGCUGGCACACAGUAAAACUCCAACACCAACCAAGUGCCAGUCCUGCCCAGAGCACAGCCAGACCCCUGGGCAUGAGGGAGGCUCCACAUCUAAGCUGAAAAGACCAACUUUCCAUUCCAGCCGUGGCUCCUUAACUGGUGAGAACGGUGGAACACCAACCGCUACUAAACCUGGACGCUCCGACACCAAACGCACUCCGUCCUCAACGAGCGGCCCAGCCAGUCGAGCAGGGAGUCGUGCUGGAAGCCGCGCCAGCAGCCGAAGGGGCAGCGACGCUUCAGACACGUCUGAGCUCAUGGAGACACGCUCGGCUUGCUCCGACACCUCAGACACCCCUCGCCGGCCUGGGGCCAAACCCUCUAAAAUCCCCACCAUCUCCAAGAAGGCCCCCAGCCCCAAAACACCAGCGGCCAAGAAAUGAAGUCGCCACCUUAUCAGUCUAUGUGACUGACUCUGAGGUGGUUGUGAUUUAACCAGCAGGAGGAGAACACCAACACCUUCCUCUCUCAGACGGCUAAUGUGCCGCUCCGCCAGCUCAGACGAGACAGGACCAGACUUAACACCUCCAGCGUCUAGCGCAGCCGCACACUACUGCACCACCUAGAUCAAUACCUACCAUAAUGCUGCCUUAUUUGUGUUCUACAUCAUGUCCUUAAUUUGACUGGCAUUGCGUUUUCUUGAAUGUGCGAUGGAGAACAUCCGGUGUGAGCAGACAUAUCUCCACAGACACUCAGGAGGGACGUCAGUUCUGCACCAGGGGUUUUCACUAUUCUUCACUAUGAAUAUGCAACCGCCCGUCACUCUCCAAACCUCAUGCAUGGUUGUCACUUUGGAGAUGUUUGGUUGGACAAACUCGCCCUUUUCACUGGUAUGCAGACCAGUCUCGCCUGGGUGUCUAUGCCACCGCAAACUAGAGGAAAUCAAUUAAAAACAGAGACGUUUUCCUACUGGACACUUGUAUGUUUGUGUGAAUGAAUGUGUGGUAGUUCCUGUCAUAGUAAACUAACGCAGUAACACGGAGAGGAAGUGGAGGAGGAUACAUAUCUCUAGCCUUCCCAAGGUGUGAAGAUUCUUGUGAUGAGAAGACUAGAUCCUUCACGUCACACGUGAUCCAUUUAAAGGAACUCCUAUAGUGCACAGCACACGAGUUUCAUGCGCUCGCACCGACGGUCUUCUCCACUGUGUGUCCACACAGUCUAGUUGUGUCCUUUUGUUACAGACAUCAUGUUACAGAGCUUUUCCACAGGAUGCAAAAAUGAUUACAAUUGUGAAUGUUUGUUUCAAGGUUAAUUUAUAAUCCUGACGUUGUUUCUUUUCUAGAAUAAAGAGCUGUAUUUAUUUGUGAUUGCAGUAUCAUAUCAACUCUUAAGAAUGACUAGUAUUAACACAACAGGAAUCGCUCUUGGUUUUGUUUUUGUACGUCCGCUCCUGACGUAAUGAAGUUCUCUGACUGAUCAUUUCUGAUGUUAUAACUGACCAGGAAGCUUAAUGAUUCCAAUGGUGGCCUUUUUGCCGGCGACUAACUUUAGAUGACGUCAAAAGUGGCUUCCUACUUGUUCUUUCGUGACGGAAGCACCCUAAAUAAUGAAUGAUGGGAGCGGCUCGCGUUGCCCCUGUUAAAAACAGCGCUUUGAAUCUUGUCGUUGACAAGCUGAAGUAUAUGAAUACCUGAAGAAAAGUUAUUUUUAUUUAUUUAUUGUGUCCUUGGGAGGGAGGUGAGGGCUGUGAAAGGAUCCACCUUUUGAUUGUGUUACUCUUUUGACAUGACUGAGAAACAGGGGUGCAAUUGUGUAAAAGUAAAGAAGUUAUGAUUAUAAAUCCUUUUUGUUCUCUUUUGUAUUAAAACAAUGCUUGCAGUAAAA